AAGCACUCUUCUAGUUCUUCCGUUUCUCACUUUCUCUUCCUGAGAAUCUCCCCUUUAUAUGAAUAAUAUAAAUGUCACAUAAGUAAAUAAACAAAUAAAUCAAUCAAUAUUACUACGAAGCUGUCCUCACCGCCUUCUCUCUCCCUCCGAAUCCAAACGCGGACGCAAAUGUUGCUCCACGCCGGUCCCUCGUUCCUGCUCGCACCACCUCCGCGCUUUGCCGCCGCUCCGUCGUCAGCUUCGCCGAGGCGAUCCAGGACACCGCAAUCCUCGCCGCCGACGUCGCAUUUCGCGCGCCCCGCUGAUCCCGUGGCCCAAAGGGUGCGUCCCGUCGCGCCGAGGCCCCCCAUGGCGACGGCGGAGGAGGGCGCCAGCUCUGACGUCGGCGUCGCCGUCGCCGAGUCCGCACAGGGGUUCUUGUUGGAUGCGAGGGCUUACUGGGUGACAAAAUCCUUGAUUGCAUGGAAUAUCAGUGAUCAGAAAACUUCUCUCUUCUUAUAUGCAAGCAGAAAUGCUACAAUGUGCAUGUCGAGUCAGGAUAUGAAAGGUUAUGAUUCCAAAGUUGAGCUGCAACCAGAAAAUGAUGGACUUCCAUCCAGUGUGACCCAGAAAUUCCCUUUUAUCAGCUCUUAUAGAGCCUUCAGAAUUCCGAGCUCCGUUGAUGUUGCCACCUUGGUGAAAUGUCAACUUGCUGUUGCUUCAUUUGAUGCUCAUGGGAACAGGCAAGAUGUUACUGGGUUGCAACUACCUGGAGUAUUGGAUGACAUGUUCGCCUACACUGGACCGCUUGGUACUAUUUUUAGUGAAGAAGCUGUGAGUAUGUACCUAUGGGCUCCUACAGCACAGGAUGUAAGUGUGAGCUUCUAUGAUGGUCCAGCUGGCCCUUUACUGGAAACAGUUCAACUCAACGAGUUAAAUGGUGUUUGGAGUGUUACUGGUCCAAGGAACUGGGAGAACCGGUAUUAUCUAUAUGAAGUCACAGUAUAUCAUCAAACUACAGGAAACAUUGAGAAAUGUUUAGCCGCUGAUCCUUAUGCUAGAGGGCUUUCUGCAAAUAGCACACGAACUUGGUUGGUUGAUAUUAAUAAUGAAACAUUAAAGCCACUUGCCUGGGAUGGAUUGGCGGCUGAAAAGCCAAGGCUUGAUUCCUUCUCUGACAUAAGCAUAUAUGAAUUGCACAUUCGUGAUUUCAGUGCCCAUGAUAGCACAGUGGACUGUCCUUUCCGAGGAGGUUUCUGUGCAUUUACAUUUCAGGAUUCUGUAGGCAUAGAACACCUAAAGAAACUAUCUGAUGCCGGUUUGACUCAUGUCCAUUUGUUGCCAAGCUUUCAAUUUGGUGGUGUUGAUGACAUAAAGAGCAAUUGGAAAUGUGUUGAUGAGAUUGAACUGUCAAAACUCCCUCCAGGGUCAGAUUUGCAACAAGCUGCAAUUGUGGCUAUUCAGGAAGAGGACCCUUAUAAUUGGGGGUAUAACCCUGUGGUUUGGGGCGUUCCAAAAGGAAGCUAUGCAAGUAACCCAGAUGGUCCAAGUCGUAUCAUUGAGUACCGGCUGAUGGUGCAGGCCUUGAAUCGCUUAGGUCUUCGAGUUGUCAUGGAUGUUGUAUACAAUCAUCUAUACUCAAGUGGCCCUUUUGCCAUCACUUCCGUGCUUGACAAGAUUGUACCUGGAUACUACCUCAGAAGGGACUCUAAUGGUCAGACUGAGAACAGCGCGGCUGUGAACAAUACAGCAAGUGAGCAUUUCAUGGUUGAUAGAUUAAUCGUGGAUGACCUUCUGAAUUGGGCAGUAAAUUACAAAGUUGACGGGUUCAGAUUUGAUCUAAUGGGACAUAUCAUGAAAAAGACAAUGAUUAGAGCAAAAUCGGCUCUUCAAAGCCUUACAAUUGAUGAACAUGGAGUAGAUGGUUCAAAGAUAUACUUGUAUGGUGAAGGAUGGAACUUCGGUGAAGUUGCGGAAAAUCAACGUGGGAUAAAUGGAUCCCAGCUAAAUAUGAGUGGCACUGGGAUUGGUAGUUUCAACGAUAGAAUCCGUGAUGCUAUAAAUGGUGGCAGUCCGUUUGGGAAUCCACUGCAACAAGGUUUCUCUACUGGAUUGUUCUUAGAGUUUUGUCUUGGUCCUUUUCUGCAGCCAAAUGGAUUUUAUCAGGGCAAUGAAACAGAGACAAGGCUCACGCUUGCUACAUACGCUGACCAUAUACAGAUUGGAUUAGCUGGCAAUUUGAAGGACUAUGUAGUUAUAUCUCAUACUGGAGAAGCUAGAAAAGGAUCUGAAAUUCGCACCUUCGAUGGCUCACCAGUUGGCUAUGCUUCAUCCCCUAUAGAAACAAUAAACUACGCCUCUGCUCAUGACAAUGAAACACUAUUUGAUAUUAUUAGUCUAAAGACUCCGAUGGACCUCUCAAUUGACGAGCGAUGCAGGAUAAAUCAUUUGUCCACAAGCAUGAUUGCAUUAUCCCAGGGAAUACCAUUUUUUCAUGCUGGUGAUGAGAUACUACGAUCUAAGUCGCUUGAUCGAGAUUCAUAUGACUCUGGUGAUUGGUUUAACAAGAUUGAUUUUACCUAUGAAACAAACAAUUGGGGUGUUGGGCUUCCACCAAGAGAAAAGAACGAAGGGAGCUGGCCUUUGAUGAAGCCAAGAUUGGAGAACCCGUCGUUCAAACCUGCAAAACAUGACAUUAUUGCUGCCUUAGACAAAUUUAUUGAUAUCCUCAAGAUCAGAUACUCAUCACCUCUCUUUCGCCUAACUACAGCAAGUGAUAUUGUGCAAAGGGUUCACUUUCACAACACAGGGCCCUCCUUGGUUCCAGGAGUUAUUGUCAUGAGCAUCGAAGAUGCACGAAAUGAUAGGCAUGAUAUGGCCCAGAUAGAUGAAACAUUCUCUUGUGUCGUUACAGUCUUCAAUGUAUGUCCGUACGAAGUGUCUAUAGAAAUCCCUGAUCUUGCAUCACUGCGGCUUCAGUUGCAUCCAGUGCAGGUGAAUUCAUCGGAUGCGUUAGCCAGGCAGUCUGCGUACGACACCGCCACAGGUCGAUUCACCGUGCCGAAAAGGACAGCAGCAGUGUUCGUGGAACCCAGGUGCUGAUGGAUGCCUUUCGCUAGCGAGCAAGUGCAUUCGGCAUCCAAGUCGAAGCAAACGAAUGAAAUAAGAGAAGGCCAUCGAAUAAAACGAAGUAUAUAAAUAGAUUGAAUAAGACGUUGCCCAAGUUGCCAAGGCACGCUUUGCCAUAUGUAUGCGUUGAAAAAUAAAUAAAUAAAUAAAUAAAUGAUGUUAUAGAGGUACAAAAGCAUUGGAACAUUUCUUUAUAGAGGUGAACCACCCUAUUUUCCAGUUUCCAUGUGUGAAUUGUGAUUAGCAUAUGUAUGGAAUAAUAAUAUAAAUUAAUUUUAUGCAUUUGUGUGUUGUGUCGUGGAUGACAACAUCAA